AUGCCUGAUCAGGACAAAAAGUUGAAGAGUGCAGAAAAAACAAUAGAAAAAAAACCUCCUGGGAUCUCUAUGAGGGAUUAUUCUGAUCUAAAAAGGCUUCAGUCUCUCUUAAGUGUUCAGUCAAGGAACCAACAGGUAUUUUUCAAUAACUCUUCCAGCUAUUAUAUUAAAAGUGGUCAAGCCAGUGUGACAAGAACUUUGCAGAAUGUCAAAAGCAAUGAACAAAAGUCCAGUGGUCAAUGGCAAGAAUCAAUAGAAGCUGUUGAGCUUGAAAAAUGUAGCGUGACCUACAAGAAUGAGAAAAAUUUUAGUAAACAUCACAAGCAUCAGCUGUUUCAAGAUAUGUUUACAACUUUAGUUAAGGACAGACUUACCUGCAGAUCAAGCAGUGCUUGGGUUAGUGGGAGAGAAGAACGAAGGGCUGGGUCCUGCUCUGUCCAUCGAUUUCUUAGAGUAUUAAUCUGCCUAAGAUUAUUAAUAAGGGAUUCAUGCUACCAGGAAAUGCUCCUGGGUGGAAUUGAAAGUCUAGGUCAGUAUUUGGAAACAGUAGCAAAUCAUUAUCUUAAUAACUGAGCAGAACAGCACAAUGUAGCCAAGUUGGUCAACAUGACAUACAUUUUCCAAAAGCUUGCUGCUGUUAAAAAUCAAAGAGAAUGGGUUAUAGCAAGUGGAGCAUAUAAAACCUUAGUAAAUUUAUCUGCCAGAGAUAGCCAUGUGUUUUUUGGUGCCCUCCUUCCUCUGACUAGUUUAACAGAAAGCUAGGAAUAAUCAAUUUGUAGUCUAGAAUGUAGGGAGAAGAUAAGUGAGCUCACCAUUGUUGAGAACUUGCUGGUGAUAUUACAUGAAUAUGAUUUUCCCUCUAAAAAGCUCACAGCAGAGUUGAUAUGACUCCUUUGUGUAGAGUCACAAGUCAAAGAUCAAAUAAAAAUGUAUGAAGAAGUUCCAGUCUUGCUCAGUUUACUCCAUUCUGAUCACAUCAAACUACUAUGGAGUAUAUUUUGGAUUCUGGUACAGCUUUGUGAAGGUCCUGAGACUAGUGUGGAAAUUCGAAUGAGUGGAAUCAAGCAGCUCCUUCAUAUGUUACAGGAGGAUAGAAGUCUUGUGUCUGACUGCUCUUCAGUUGAAAGUUUAUCUAGUGCAAACGCAGCAGGGAGAAUCCAGCAUCUUCAUAUGUCAGAUGGGCUGAGUCCUGAUGAGAUACAAGAAAAUAAUUUCUCACUUCAUGCAGCUUUUUGUGCUGCAGUUACUGGACUGGUGUUCAAUGAGUCUAAUGCUUACUAGGCUGUACAGGCAAAUGCAAUAUAUACAAUGGUAAAGCAAAUUUUACCAAACAAAGAAAGGAAUGCUGAACAAGCCAGUUUAUUACGGUCUUAUUCUUUCAGAGCCUUGAGACUUCUCUUCAGUGUGGAAAGGAAUCAAUAUACUUUUAAAAGACUUUUCCCUACUGACUUGUUUGAAAUCUUCAUUGAUAUUGGAUAUUAUGUGGAUGAUAUCAGAGUUUAUGAAGGGUUGGUAUUAAAGGAGGAUGUAUUGAAGCAAAUUGCUGAAAGUAUUGAGAACAUGAAGCAGAAUAAGGCACCCACAAAGCAUUUAGGAAAUUAUGCAAUUUUAGAGCACCUUGGCAGUGGUGCUUUUUGAUGUGUAUAUAAGGUUAGAAAACAUGAUGAACAGCAUCUCCUGGCAAUGAAAGAAGUCAAUUUAUGCAAUCAAGCUUUUGGAAAGGACAAAAAGAGAGAGGCAGGAGUAAAAAAUAUUGUCUCUGAAUUGACCAUCAUCAAGGAGCAGCUUUAUCAUCCAAAUGUUGUAUGGUAUUACAGAACCUUCUUGGAAAAUGACAGAUUGUAAAUAGUCAUAGAGCUCACAGAGGGGGUGCCAUUGGGAGAACACUUUCACUCUUUGAAGGAAAAACAACAACAGUUUACAGAAGACAGAAUAUGGCAUAUAUUUAUUCAAUUUUGUCUAGCUCUUCAUUAUUUGCAUAAAGAGAAAAGGAUUGUUCAUCAAGAUCUCACUCCAAACAAUGUCAUAUUGGGGUAUAAAGACAAAGUUACAAUUAAUAAGUCUGACUCUGGGCUUGCAAAGGAAAAGCAAGAAAACUGCAAACUUGCAUCAGUAAUGGGAACCAUCCUAUACUGGGUGAGUUGUCCUGAAGUUGUAAAGGGUGAGCUGUAUGGAGAGAAGGCCGAUGUCUGGGCUGCAGGAUGCAUCCUUUACCAGAGCACUCUGAACCCAGCAUUUUACAGCAGCAAAAUUACCUCCUUGGCAAUUGUAGGGGCUGUGUAUGAACCUGUGCCAGGAGGACUGUAUUCUGAAAAAGUCUCAUUUACCAUUAAGAGCUGCUUGGCUCCUGAUGCAGAGGAACAUCCAGACAUAGUGGAGGUCACCUCACUGCUGUCUGAUGUGAUGGUGAAAUACAUGGAUGUUUUAUCUGCCUCUCACUUGGAGAAGAAACUGGAUGGGGAGAGGAGAUGAACCCAGGGGUACUUCAUGGAGGCUAAUCAAAAUGCAGUAAACCAGCACCAUCAGCUUUCCAUUUUAUCUCAGAAAAAUACUGAGAAGUUGAGUCUACAUAGUAGCAGCAGUGGAGCAGCCAGUUGCAAAAGUGAAUUUUCAGAAAAUACUGACCUUCCAGUUGAGAGUUGUCAGCCUGCACAUAGAAAAGGUGAGGAAAGAACAUAUGAAGAAAUCCUGAUAGAUGAUGACAGGACUAUGGAGAAAGAUAUUUUCUCUGAAUUAGACAAUGAGGUAGACAUAGUGGACAAUUCAAGAUCCAGUUCAAAUAAUUUGAAAGAGUCUGCUAUAGGUAUAAUGAAACAAAGUUUUAGUGUUUCUGCAAGACAAGCUCAGAUAAGAGAUUAUGUUGGUGGCUCUGGAUCAAGAUGGCAAUCAGGAAUUGCUGCAUCACAAAGGAAGGUGCAUCAGAUCAGUGACCCUGCUCAGCAGAUUCUUAUUCAGCUGCACAAAAUUAUCUUCAUUACUCAACUUCCUCCAGCUUGGAGAUGCAACUUGAAAAGGAGAAUCAUUGGGAGAUUCAAGAAGUCCUUCAGUCAGCAGAGCAAUCCUUGUAAACUGAAAUGAGAAAUCAAAAAGCUGCUGCAAGGUUCUCCUGAACUGAUUGAACCCAAUAUUUUCACAGUAGAUGGGCAUGGGGUACAUCUUUCUUCAGGUGGAAAUAUGUUGCUUCCAGAUAAUAAAAAAGGCAUUCUUGGCACUUCUGGCAUGGCAGAAGGGAUGACAUAUGAGCAGUUGCAGACUCUAAUUGAAGGGGUUCUAGAGGAAUGUGGUUAUUACAGUUUCUCUUCUAACAGGUCAGUCUAG